CUGGCUCCCGCGGCGCAGGCGCACUCGUCACCGCCGCUACUGCGGCGUCCGGGGCUGGCGUCCCCCAGUGGAGGCGGCUCCUUCAGCUGGAACACAGAGAGCCUGUCUCUCAGAGAGGGAAAAUCUGUACAAAGGAGAUAGUUGACUCGUGGAGUUCAGCUCAACCAGUGUGUGAAGACUGCUGUGGGCGAGGGGCUGCACUGGAACCUGGGCCAGGCUGUCACCUAGAGGGAGCCACUGGCCUGGCAACAGAUGAAUUCCCCAGUGGGAAGUACUGCAUCAGCACUAUGACCAGGGCCCUGUAGCCCCACAAACCAUGGAGUGAUUCCCCUAUCCCCAGGAAGGAACAGUGCCAUGAAGGACUUCCUGGAGGAAAGAGCUGGAUCUGGAAGGCUGAGUGAGGAGAUGAGAAAGGGAGCAUAGAGCUCAGCAGACUGUGUCUACAAAGAACAGAGGGUCUUGCGGAUGGCCCCGCUACCUGGGGCAGAGCUGAUCCAGAAGCCACGACAGCUCUACCGAUACUUGCUGCGUUGUUGCCGGCAGCUGCCAACCAAGGGCAUCCAAGAGCAUUACAAACAUGCUGUCAGGCAGAGUUUCCGAGUUCAUUCAGAUGAAGACAACCCUGAGAGAAUCCAGCAGAUUAUUAAAAGAGCCAUUGAAGAUGCUGACUGGAUCAUGAACAAAUAUAAAAAACAAAACUGAGACUCCAGAGCCCAAAGUGAAGCUGUCCUAGAGAAAUUUCAAAUCCAGAGGUCUCUCUUCUCCUGGAGCCAGUCAGCAGCAGCAGUUUUGGAAUAUUCUUUGGACCUGUUGGCUGAGAGAACAAGAAAUCAGGAGGAAAAAGCUAACAUCCGCUCAGACAGCUCUUCUCUCCACGGUCAUGUUUCCAGCAUCCUUUAUGUUUGCUCUUCCAGCCAGUCACGAUGUGAAAUUUGGGGAGAAUUUGGUGUUUUUUUGUUUCUUUUGUGUGUUUUUCAUUUUUGUUUUUUUAUUAUUUUACUUUGCUCUGAAAGUGAUUCAUUUAUUCUGGAGGUCUCUCUACCAUUCCCUGAGUCCCACAUCAGAUCUCCCCACAGUUGGCCGCUUGCACAGAGGAAAGCGAGUGGGCUUGAGAAGCCGACAGAUCUGGAUCUGAAGCCCAGCUCAGCAGCUUUUCUGGUGACUCACCUUUAAGAUUGGUUUCCUCCUUGAGGAGGAUUAAAUAAGAUGGAGUUGAAGUGCCUAACGUAGGAUAUGGUACCUGCCAAUAAAUGUCCCUCUGAGGAAGCUGUUCUGCGCUGCCCCUUUCCUUCCCAUAGUGCUCUGCACAUCUCUGUUGUAGCACCCACUGCGUCACGUCUUAGUGAUUUGUUCGUGAGCUUGUCCUGUCCCAGCUUGGAGCCUCAGAGCCCCCAUGGGUGACUCAUGCUCAGCAGUCUACCAAGAUACUGCUCUUCAUGUCCCCUGUCCCUCCAUGCCCAGGGACAAAGAGGCCCUGGUCCUUGCCUUCAAGGAAUUUAGUUUCUUCAAAGUGGCAAAGUGUACACUACCUGAGACCAGAAAGAACACCAAAGCAGUUGUGGCAGACGCCAGGCCGGCAGGCCGCUUGAACCUGCAGUCUGUCUUCACUGGCCCUUCCUUGCCUUGCCACAUCACGGAGGGAAGGGAGGGCAGGGGAGAAGGGGAGUAGGUCCAGGGGGAAGUAGCCAGGGUGUGUGAAGCUAUCAGAAAAUGUAGAGAAACCACAAAAGGAUUUGAAUUUUCCCCAGGCACUCAGCCAGGGGGAUGAGCUAGCAUGUGUUCAUGUUCUUGCAAUUAUGUAACUUAAAGUGACAUCUAUAUGUACACAACUGACUGACAAAUAAUGAAGUAAAUGUAUCAAUUUGUGAAAA